UUCUUUUCGUCGUGUUGUCUUCGGCUGGCUGUUUCGAUCGCCGUCGCUCUCUCGGCUCUCUGAUCCUUCUCCUUUUGCUAUCGCGUCCUCCAUACAAGAAUCAUAUCUUAUUCCGGAGUCCGGCAAAUUGGAGGUAGGAAGAGAGGGAUCUCGAUUAACGAGGGGGGUGGUAGGGUGGUGAUGAUGAUGGGGUUUCACCUGAUGUGACGCCUAGUUGGUAGCCUCGUCGGCCGUCAUGGACUGGGAGUUCGCCUAGGCGAGAUGUUUGUGAGCAGGCCAGCAGUGCACCCCGUGGAGGCGCCGCCUCUGACGGAUGCAGCCGAAAACCCGCCGAGGGUGAGGAUGAAGGAGAUCCAGGGCAUGCCGGGGACGUCCGGCGGCCUCGCGCUGCGCCUUUCUCAGUUUGUGUUCGCGGCCGCCGCCCUCGGCGUCAUGGUCUCCGCCAGCGAUUUUGCCUCCGUCACUGCCUUCUGUUAUCUGGUUGCGGCAACCAUCUUACAAGGCUUGUGGAGUAUCUCAUUAGCUUUUCUGGAUAUAUAUGCACUUCUAGUAAAACGCUGCUUGCGGAAUCCCCGAGCACUGCAUUUGUUUACUCUUGGAGAUGGGAUCACGGCCACACUGACAUUUGCAGCUGCUUGUGCAUCUUCCGGCAUUACAGUAUUGAUCGGCAAUGAUCUCAACAUAUGCUCACAGAACCACUGCACGAGCUUCGAGACUGCAACGGCGAUGGCUUUCAUCAGUUGGUUUGCAGUCUGCCCAUCAUUUCUCAUGAACUUCUGGUCACUGGCAUGUAGGUGAAAAGCAAGAAUGGCUGCUCCUAAUUGCCAAUUUUUGGUGUGCCCUUGAAGAUUUCUUUUUCUCCCCCAUUUAUCAACAGUCAAAUUGCCAUUACUGUCAAAUCUGUAUAGUAUGAAUUCCUGGGUGUGAUUGUGCAAGAUAUCAGAUGAAAUGUACAACUUUGGUA